AUGAUCAAUAUACUGUUCUUACUCUGUUGUUUGGUGACUAGCAGUACUAGUCAAAGAGCUGAUGGCAUGCAAGGAUGGCAAGAAAACUUGACUCCUGUUAAGAGUAUCCAGAAAGAGUUUGGACAUGUCGUUGAUUGCAUUGAUAUUAAUAAGCAACCGGCAUUUAACCAUCAUUUACUAAAAAAUCAUAAGCUGCAGGAAAAACCUAGCAAUCAAAAAGUGAUUGAAAAAUCCAAUUUGAGGAAUUCAUUAUUUGGGCUUGAGACCCCAUGUCCAAAAGGAACGGUUCCAAUUCGGAGGAACACAAAAAAUGACCUUAUUCAAGCUAAAUCAUUAUUAAAUAAUGAUAUCUUGGCAUCAGCACCGACACCGACACCACAAGACCUGGGCAAGGGUGAUCAUGUUGCAGAAGUACAUCUCAAACCUCAAAGAACAUACUAUGGAGUUAAUGGAGUUGUUAGCAUUUGGAAUCCAGAAGUUGAAAAGGAUCAGUCAAGUGCUGCUCUUGUGUGGGUUAGACAUGGAGAUAAUGAAAUUGCUGUUGGGUGGCAUGUGAGUUUAUUUUGA